UCUGCGGUCGUCCACAAUGUGGUCAGCACAGACUUACGGCGGCAGGACUUUACAGGACUGUUCGUAAAGUCCUGGACACUGAUGGGUGGUAUGACCUCGCCACGGAGUAUCUGGAAUGUAAACGCUGCAAGACAACAUACCCAUCCUGGUCCGAGGACAUUUUGGGGCAGAUGGACAUGGGUCAUCGCAGCCAUUUCCCAGCUCUGCUGACAUACAGGUACUCAUGUGACAAGCGGGUGCUGAGAAUGAUGAGGGAGAGGACACUGGGCAACAGCGUGACACAACUUUAUGGACAGUUAUUGGAACAGCACAGUGAGGCAUGGACACGGCGCGUCCUACAGUACCUCAGUGUGUGAACCGUUCACAAGGGCCUCUCUUCAGCGACCAGUGUUUGCUGAGCCCCCCCCCAUGCCUGCCUUGCCUAAGCCAAAGUGGCUGUUAGCUGUUUAUGCAAGGGAUGUUCUGGGGCGGAUCAACGAAGUGAAGACCAAAAUCACAUCUGUGUUUGGAUGUGUUUUGAAGAUGGACUCCACAUAAAAGGUCACAAAGAAGCUUGCGGGGGCUGCUUCAGGAACAGCUGCCUGGUGCACAAAUGUCGGUAAUGAACAUGGCGAGGUUCUGGUCUCUGUUCUGACAGCCGUUGAAGGACAUGGACUGGACGCCAUGGCGGCUGGCCUGAUGAGGCGCUACAGGGAGGCAGGAGAGGCACCCCCAAAAGUGAUGUACGUGGACAGAGACUGCUGCAGCAGACACGGCCGGUCUCUGGUGAAGACCCUGUUUUCAGAGUGGGAUGAGCUUGAGGUGCGCCUGGACAUCUGGCAUUUCAUGCGGCGAUUCGCUGCAGGUGUCACGACAGAGGCUCAUCCGCUCUACGGGAUCUUCAUGGCACGUCUGUCUGCGUGCAUUUUUGAGUGGGAUCCAGAGGAUGUGGCUGCUCUUCGCUGCGCCAAGGAGGCUGAGCUGGCAGCAAAGAAAAGUGGCCAUGUUUCCAGAAGGACGGUCAGUGCUCAGAUUAGUCGCAGGGAGUUGGCACUCCACUGUCGGAGGAGGACCAGGGGAGUGGAGGAGACUGCAGCAUUAUUAGGAGCACUCAUCCAUCAGUUCGACAGUGCAGAUGGGAAGGACACCCUUGGAGUUCCACUGUUGGACCACGAACGCAUCCAACAGAUUUGGAAGGAACAGCAAAAGCAUCUGCUGUGCAUCCAAGACCCCGAGAACUUCCCACUGUACAUGAAGACGGGAACACUAAAGAAAGGCGGCGUGGAGCUGUCUUGCUACAGGUGUGCCCGUGGGUCGACCUCCUUGGAGUCCUUCCACCUCCACCUGAACCGUUUUAUACCAGGAACCAGUGCCAGUGACGCGCAUUUCCAGGCAUAUCUCCUUGAGGGCUUGAUGCGCUGGAAUGAUGACCGGUUGGAGGAUGCUGUCAAAGGAAAUUCCUCCAUCCGGUUAUUUGGAAGAACAAUGAGAGAGGCAUUGGAGCAACUCAGCCAAGCAGUGCUUGGGAAGCCCUGGGAUGAGCGUUAUUGCCCUCCUGGAGCAUAUACAGGGGAAUUGCUUGGAAUAGAAUACCUCUAUAGUCAGACUGGCAAGACAUCUACUGCCAUGCUCCAGACCCCUGAAGAGGAGGAGGACCGGCUGCUGGAGAGAGUCGAUGACCAGGACUUCCAAGACGAGGGGUUUGGGGAAGACACCAUGGAGGACAUCACUGUUCCAGUGUUCUAUGACCCCCACUGUGAUGUUGUUGCCAGCCCCUCAUCUUCACCUCAGCCUCAACUCUCAGUAUCACCAGGUGAACCUAAAUCCUCUGCUCUGCGUCUUUCCUCUGUGGUGAAAACUGAGGAUGAAGACAUGAAGUACCCCAUCACACCUGCCACCAGUGCACCUGGAACUAUUCCACCUGUGUCAGCACCUGGAAUUAAUUCAGCACCUGGGUUACUGACCAUUAUUCUUAACCCAGGUAUGACUGCGCCCACCACUAUCUCAUUUUCUAGAGCCACAACGUACAAUGUAGGCUUCGUUCCCCUUGUGUCUGCACCUGCUGUCCCUGUGUCACGCUCCACACAAAAGAACAGAAAAAGAAGAGCCUUGGAGGAAGAGCGCGGUGUCCAGAAAAGGAAAUACACACGAGGAGUGAACUACAACACCUGCAGCAAAUGUGGACAGCCCAAAACAAAAGAAUACGGUCAUAGUCGAUACAAAGACGCCACAUUUUGCUCACGGGCUUCAAAUGGACGAUCACUGGACGACUGGUUGGCAGAACAGCGCCAGCGUCACAGAAGCUGAUCUCCUCCUCAUCCUCAAUAAGUACUCUUCAAUAAUAAUACCAUCAUACUUAAUCCACUGAUCAUGUAAAUAUUAACUUAUUGUUGUAUGUACAUAUAUUCUUUUGUUAUAUUUUCUAAACUCAAGCGUGGGAUUCACGUGAAUUCUGUGUCUUCAUUUUAAUAAAACAUUUGAAGUAUUC